GAUUCAUUCAGCAGGCUCGUGAGCUGGGCGGGCAACGCGCAAAAUUUGAAAGUUGACCGGAAACAGGUUGGCCGUGUAGAAAAUAGUGUGCUCUUAAGCACAUAAAUAUGCCUAUGUAACUUAAAAAGAGUAUGAUAGCUACCUAAAUGACAAGCUGGUAUCAAUAUUUCGUUAACGCUCUGGAUUUAAACCUCGACUUGCUACCUGGUUUUAUGCUGUGAAGAGACCAUGCUGAAGUUUAAAUACGUGAGUCAGGGAAACCUGAAAACACCGUCUUCCUCUGCUGACCCUAUCACUAGCCGCAGCUCACGACUCAACCAGCUGUUUCAGGGACGACUGAGUCUGUGUGGGGAGCAGGGAGGAUGCACUUUAGGUCGGGAAGAGUUUCUGGAUGCUUUGCUGCUUCUCUACCAAGAGUGCACUUCCCCAGAACUUAUGAAGAUACAUCAUGUGGCAAACUUCGUCAAUAAAUUUUCCGAAGUUGUCUCGGAGCUGCGGGCCCUACAGCCCGGGCUUCAAGACUUUGACCUGCGUGCAGUGGUGGGUCGGGGUCGUUUUGCUGAAGUCCGCGUUGUCCGAGAGAAGGCUACUGGAGGUGUUUGUGCACUUAAAGUCAUGAAGAAGACAGUUUUACGCACUCAAGAAAAUGUGAUUUUUCAUGAAGAGGAGCGGAGGAUCUUGGCUCUGAACAGUAGUCCCUGGAUCCCACAGCUGCUGUAUGCCUUCCAGGAUAAAGAUCAUGUUUACCUGGCGAUGGAGUACUUGCCAGGCGGUGACCUGAUGUCUCUCCUAAACCGAUAUGAGGAUCAGUUUGAUGAGUCCAUGGCUCGAUUUUAUUUGGCUGAGCUGGUAGAGGCCAUUCAUGCUGUCCACCAGUUGGGCUACGUCCACAGAGAUGUCAAACCAGAGAAUAUUCUCAUUGAUCGGACUGGUCAUAUUAAGCUGGCUGACUUUGGAUCAGCUGCCAGGCUGACUGCUAACAAAACGGUGGCCACUCCCACAGUGCCUGUUGGAACCCAGGACUUUCUUUCCCCUGAAGUCCUGACAGCCAUGAAUGGGGGUUCUAACAGCACCUAUGGAGUUGAGUGUGAUUGGUGGUCCCUUGGGGUCAUUGCCUAUGAGAUGAUUUAUGCCCGGUCACCUUUUUCUGAAGCCACUUCGACCAAGACUAUCUACAACAUCCUUAACUUCCAGCGUUGCUUAAAGUUUCCAGAGGAGCCACGUACCAGUAAGCAGUUUGUAGACUUGGUACAGAGCUUACUUUGUGGUGCAAAGGAGCGACUGGGUUUCCAGGGACUCCACUGUCACUCUUUCUUCUCCAGUGUCGACUGGAACAACUUGCGACAAGUUCUCCCGCCUUUCGUUCCUGCAUUGCAUGCUGAAGAUGACACCUCUAAUUUUGAGGAGCCGGAGCAGGCAGCCCCCUGGCCAGCCUCAGCAGCCCAGCAAGGAGCUCCGCCGGCGGGCUUCCAGGGCCAGGAUCUGCCUUUUCUAGGCUGGUUCUUCAGCAGAGCGUUGAUACUAUUGGCCAAAACUGAGUCAGUGUCUGCAGGCCUCAACUCUCCUGCUAAGACCAACUCAAUGGAAAAGAAACUGCACCUUAAAAGCAAAGAACUACAAGAAACUCAAGACAAAUGUCACAAGAUGGAGCAGGAAAUCUCCAGGUUCCAGCGUAAGAUGACUGACCUGGAGUCAGUGCUCCACCAGAAGGAUGUGGAGCUGAAGGCCUCUGAGACUCAGCGGAGUAUCCUGGAGCAAGACCUUGCCACCUACAUUACUGAGUGCAGCAGCCUAAAGCGAAGCUUGGAGGAGGCACGAGUGGAAGUCUCUAGAGAGGACGACAAGGCCAUGCAGCUGCUGCACGACAUACGCGAACAGAGCAACAAACUGCAAGAAAUUAAGGAGCAAGAGUACCAUGCCCAGCUGGAGGAAAUGCAGGUGACCAUCAGGCAGCUGGAGGAGGAUCUCUCCGCUGCCCGACGUCGCAGCGACCUCUAUGAAGCUGAACUUAGAGACUCGAGACAAACAAGUGAGGAGCUCAAAAGAAAAGCUGUGGAAUACCAACAAAGGAUCCAGAAGGCAAAAGAGCAGGGAAAAGCUGAAGUGGAGGAGCUUCUCUCCAAACUUGAAAAGACAAACUCUGAGCAGCAGGUGAAGAUCCAGGAGCUCCAAGACAAACUGUCCAAGGCAGUGAAAGCGAGCACAGAAGCCACAGAGCUGCUGCAGAAUGUUCGGCAGGCCAAAGAGCGGCUGGAACGAGAUCUGGAGCGCCUGAAAGGCAAAACCGACUCUAGUGACACUUUAAAACGCCGUCUUAGGGAGACGGAGCAGGAGGGCAGGAAGACACUUGAGAAUCAGGUAAAAAGGCUGGAGAUGGUUGAGCGUCGGGAAAACAAGCUGAAGGAUGACAUUCAGACCAAAUCCCAACAGAUCCAGCAGAUGGCUGAAAAGAUCCUGGAACUGGAGGAAAACCUGAGGGAUGCCCAGUCAACUGCACAGAGGAUGGAAACGCAACUGGUUCAAAAGGAAAGGCUUUAUGAAGACAAGAUCAAAGUUCUUGAGGCCCAGAUGAAAGCAGACCUGGCUGACAAAGAGAGCCUUGAGGCCAGAAGGGCGCAGCAGGAGGAGGAGUCAAGGGAGAACUGUAAACUCAUCAGUGAACAGAAAGCAACCAUUAAUGCUAUGGAUUCAAAGAUGAAGAACCUGGAGCAGCGCAUCGCUGAGUUGUCAGAGGCUAACAAGCUGGCUGCUAACAGCAGCAUCUACACCCAGAAGAAUAUGAAAGCCCAGGAAGAAAUGAUCUCAGAGCUUCGACAGCAAAAGUUUUAUUUGGAGUCUCAGGCAGGCAAGCUUGAGGCCCAAAAUGCCAAACUAGAGGAACACCUGGAGAAGAUGAGUCAACAGGAGCAAACCAAGAGAACCCGGCUGCUGGAGCUGGAGAGCAGGCUGCGGGAGAUGGGCCUAGAACAUGAAGAGGAGAAACUGGAGAUCAAGAGGCAGGUGUCAGAGUUGACCCUGUCCCUGCAGGAGCGUGAGUCCCAAAUCAGCAGCCUACAGGCUGCACGUCUUGCAUUGGAGAGUCAGCUGCAGCAAGCUAAGACUGAGCUGGAAGAGACAACUGCAGAGGCUGAGGAGGAGAUCACGGCCCUCAGGAACCACAGGGAUGAUAUUCAGCGAAAGUUUGAUGCCUUAAGAGACAGUUGUUCAGUGAUCACUGACCUAGAGGAACAGCUGACACAGCUUAGUCAGGAGAACGCCGAGUUGAAUCGCCAGAACUUCUACCUGUCCAAACAGCUUGAUGAAGCAUCAGAUGAGAGAGAGGAUCGGCUGCAGCUCAGCCAGGAAGUGGACCGCCUGAGGAGGGAGGUGGCUGACCGUGAGAUGCACCUCAACAACCAGAAACAGAACAUUGAGACACUGAAGACCACAUGCAGCAUGUUGGAGGAGCAGGUGGUGGAGCUGGAGUCCCUAAACGACGAGUUGCUGGAAAAGGAGAGGCAGUGGGAGGCUUGGAGAGCAGCUCUGGAAGAUGAAAAAAGCCAAGCCGAGAGACGCUCCAGGGACAUGCAAAGACUGCUGGACAAUGAGAAGCAGAACAGGCUGCGUGCAGACCAGCGCAGCACUGAGUCUCGCCAGGCAGUAGAGCUGGCAGUCAAAGAGCAUAAGGCUGAGAUCUUGGCCUUACAACAGGCUUUGAAGGAGCAAAGACUAAAGGCUGAAAGUCUAUCUGAUACUCUCAAUGAUCUGGAGAAGAAACAUGCCAUGCUGGAGAUGAAUGCCCGUAGCUUACAGCAGAAACUGGAGACUGAGAGAGAACUGAAACAAAGGCUGAUGGAAGAGCAAGCAAAACUCCAGCAGCAGAUGGACCUCCAGAAGAGCCACAUUUUCCGUUUGACCCAGGGCCUGCAGGAUGCUCUGGACCAAACCGACAUGCUCAAGACAGAGAGGACCGAUCUGGAGUACCAGCUGGAGAAUAUGCAGGCGGUAUAUUCCCACGAGAAGGUGAAGAUGGAGGGGACAAUCUCCCAGCAGACUAAACUCAUUGACUUCCUCCAGGCCAAAAUGGACCAACCCACUAAAAAAAAGAAGGGUAUAUUUGGGCGGCGGCGGGAAGAUGUAGGCACCACAACUAAUGGGGCAUUAGCUCCACAGGCCCAGCCGGCAGUUCCAUUGCAGUACAGUGACAUGAAACUAGCUUUGGAGAAGGAGCGCUCAAGGUGUGCCGAGCUGGAAGAGGCUCUGCAGAAGAUGAGGAUAGAGCUGCGGUCCCUCAGAGAGGAGGCGGCUCAUUUCAAAGCCCAGGACCAUGUAGCUCCUUCCACACCAGCCCAGGCUCGACAUCAAAUCCUCAUGUCAGCCAUUGUCAAAUCCCCAGAACAUCAGCCCAACCCCAGCAGCCUGCUUAACCCCUCCACCCGCUGCAAGGAGACUUCUACACCUGAAGAAAAGAGGAGGGUCACGUUUGAAAAGUUUGGUCAUCGUGUGAAAGAAAGAAUGCAUCACAACAUCCCUCAUCGUUUCACUGUGGGCCUCAACAUGAGGGCUGCCAAGUGUGCCGUCUGCCUGGACACUGUGCAUUUUGGACGGCAAGCUGCCACUUGUCUAGAGUGCCACACUAUUUGCCAUCCCAAAUGCUCGCCGUGUCUUCCGGCCACCUGUGGUCUGCCAGCUGAGUAUGCCACUCACUUUUCAGAAGCUCUGUGCCGAGAAAAGGCAAACUCACCUGCACUGCAGGUCAAAGAGGCCAGUGGGCAUGUUCGCUUGGAAGGAUGGAUGAAGCAGCCUAGAAAUGGCAAGCGUGGGCAACAAGGCUGGGAGAGGAAAUAUGUGGUUCUUGAUGGGACCAAAGUGUCCAUCUAUGAUACUGAGCCCAGAGAAGACUCUGUAAAGGCUGAGGAAGAGUUUGAGCUCUGUCUGCCUGAUGGAGAGGUGACUGUCCAUGGAGCUGUUGGAGCCUCUGAGCUCAUCAACACUGCCAAGUCAGACAUCCCGUAUGUGUUGAAGCUGGAAUCGCAUCCGCACACCACAUGUUGGCCUGGCCAGUCCCUCUACUUCAUGGCUCCUAGCUUUCCUGAUAAGCAGCGCUGGGUGGCAGUACUGGAGUCUGUUGUGGGUGGUAGUCGUGGAUCUAGAGAGAAAGUGGAUUCUGAUGCUGCAGGUGUUUCUAAAAGACAGAAGAACCUGUCCCCUCUGGUUCAGAAACUUCUGGGCAAUUCUCUGCUGAAGCUGGAGGGUGACGACCGUUUGGACAUCAACUGCACUCUGCCUCUCACUGACCAGAUUGUCUUGGUUGGUUCUGAGGAGGGUUUGUAUGCUCUGAAUGUGAUAAAGAACUCUUUGACUCACAUCCCGGGCCUGACCUCCGUCUUCCAGAUCCAGAUCCUGAAGGAGCUUGAUAAGCUGCUGAUGAUCACUGGGGAGGAGAGGGCACUGUGCCUGGUAGAGAUCAAGAAGGUGAAACAGUCUUUGUCACAGUCCCAUCUCCCAGCUCAGCCUGACCUCAACCCCUUCAUCUUUGAGACAGUCAAAGGAUGCCAUCUCUUCUCCUCUGGAAAGAUUGAUAAUGGGCUCUGUAUUUGUGCUGCAAUGCCCAAUAAGAUUACAAUCCUGCGGCAUAAUCAAGGCCUCAACAAGUUCUGCAUCAGAAAGGAGAUUGAGACAUCAGAGCCUUGCAGCUGUAUUCACUUCACUGGCUACAGUAUCAUUAUCGGCACCAACAAGUUCUAUGAGAUUGAGAUGAAGCAGUAUGUACUGGAAGAGUUCUUGGAUAAAAACGAUGUGACGCUAGCGUCAGCUGUCUUCGCGGCGUCCUCCCACAGCUUCCCCAUCUCUAUCAUCCAGGUCACCACGGCUCCACAGAAGGAUGAAUACCUGCUCUGUUUCCAUGAGUUUGGUGUGUUUGUGGAUGCAUAUGGCCGCAGAAGUAGAAGUGAGGACAUCAAAUGGAGCCGUCUGCCUCUCUCAUUUGCCUAUAGAGAGCCUUACCUAUUUGUGACCUACUUUAACUCUCUGGACGUCAUUGAGAUUCAGGGACAUGCUGCUCUUGGUCCUCACUCAUACGCGCAUCUGGAUAUCCCUAACCCACGCUACCUUGGCCCAGCCAUUUCCUCUGGAGCCAUAUACCUGGCUUCAUCCUAUCAGAACAAACUUCGGGUCAUUUGCUGCAAGGGCAACCUUGUCCAAAGCCAAGACGGUGGAGAUCUGCAGCGUAAUGGCUCUGGACGCAGUCCCAACAAGCGUGGUCCUCCUUCCUACAAUGAGCACAUCUCUAAAAGGCUGGCAGCCAAUCCUCUGGUCCACGGAGACCCAGGCACACCGCACCGUUACAGAGAGGCUCGCACAGAGUUUCGGCGGGACAAGUCCCCCAGCCGUCCACUGGAGAGAGAGAAGUCUCCUGGCAGAAUGCUGGAAAGCCGGAUAGUGGGGUCGCCUGGUAGAGCCAUGGCAGACCCCCGGUUGGAGCGAUCCCCAGGCAGGGCCAUGGCCGACCCUCGCAUGGACCGCUCCCCUGGCAGGAUGAUGGAUGUUCGUAGGGAGAGGUCCCCUGGACGUUUUGAAGAGCGUCAAAGGCUUCAUACUGGCUCUGGACGCACGCCCAUAAACCCUGUUAACAAGGUGUGGGAUCAGUCAUCUGUUUGAGGGACAAAAGACCCUCAUGUCCGCUGUGGAAGAAGAAGUUCAUGUUUGAAAAGAGAGAAGAUGUAGCAGAGAACCAGUGAGAAUGUUACCAACUCAUGAUGAAACACUGCCACACAUCUAUUUUGCCUGAUAUCCAAACUGAAAAACCCAUGGAGGAAAACAACUGUAGCUGUCAGAACGUAGCGAGCACCAGAUAAAUAAAGAGAUGUCAUUAGUAUCAGGUUAUAGUUUUAAAUAAAGGUCAACAAAAUGCCAUAUUAACCACCUGAGCAGGGUUUUUUGCGAUGCAUUUGAGCAUGUGUUCUCUACUCCGAGUAGGGAUUAGUAAUUACAUAUAAUUUCUUCUUCCACAAAGAAAAUCUGAGAUGAGUUCUCAAGUUAAGACUACUGGGUUUGGCUUGCUUCAUUUAACUCUAGAAAGCAUUAACUACAAUGGAUAAGCACAGCCAUAGCAAGUGAUGCCUAUAUAUUUAGUCAUUUUAUUCAAAAUGCCAUUAACACAUGUGGCUCAUUUCCACAUGUGCUGUCCACAGUAGCUACAGAUCAGGGCAAAGGUGUAGCAGAUGACCUGUUGUGACACUGAGUAUUACUUCUGGCUCUAGCCCUGUGCUCACAUGUUAACACACAAUCGUUAUUGGCUAAUUACAAUCAUUUUCAGCUCGGUCCUUGGUCAGUAAUGCUGGCUGGACUCGGCUGGAGCAUGAAUAAAUUGAAUCAAAAUUAAUUAAUAUAUAAUCCCUCCCAAAAAAUCCACUCUGUAGAACCACACACUAAAACUGCACUACCCACAAUCCCCAGCAGCAAUGGAGCAGGACCUUUCUAAAUCUUCAGAACGCUAUCUGACUGUAAAUAGACGAGACAUAAUUUUAUAUAUAUUAAGAAGGAAUUUCAAGGCUGGAUAAGCCGUGUCUAUUUUUGUUAAAGGAAAAAAAAAAAGUGACAGUGUGUCCUCUUGAAUGUCCGAUGAGUAUUCUUUUAAUGUCCAAACGUCCUUUAUCAAGUGAGUGAUUGUAUCUCAAACUUGUGUAUGCACUUCCAUCUGUCAAAGGCAAAACCUCAGUGCUGACCUAAACGACAGGAGGGAAAAAAGAUCAUGUUUGAAGCUUAAACAUAGUACUUGAGCAUUUCUUUUUGUACAAUGUCCCCUGCUGUUGUAUAUAACCCAAAAUUGUUUAAAGUGAAGAUGAAGAAAAAACCUUUUUUUGUUUUGUUUUUCUUUUCCCUGAUCCGUUAAUGGCAUGGAUAUAUAUAUCUCGAAAAUGAAACGGGGUGUUGUCUUCUGCUUCUGCCUCAUUUGGGUUAUAUUUUUAAUCUACAUUUUUAAAAACAAAGCACGUGAAUAACACUUUCUAUCUUUAAACUCUCAUGUAUUUGCACAGUAAAUUCACACAACUAUAUUAUAUAACUCUUAUUUUUUUCUUUUCUUUAAGGCAUUCUUGGCAAGUUAAAACAUCCAGUCCAAUCACAACAAAUGCUAAAGUCCAUCCACACUCAUUUGGUUCACAUGGCUAAGAUGGAUGUAUUUCUGUACAUCAUGAUCUGAUGUAUAGAAAUAGAAUAUUUUGUGGAUUUUAGCAGAAUUUUUUGAAUGUAAACAAACGAGAUGCCAAACUUUAACUUGCCCAGUUUGCCUGUCAACAGUUAGGCGCUCACUAGGAGGAUUUCUUCGCCUUUAAGUCCCCUAUGAUUAUUUUUAAGAUGGUAAAAAUCUUCCUGAAUGUAUUUUAAAGCCAAUAAGAUACAGCCGGUUCGUUGGUCUCAAUGUUCAACAACAACAAAAACAAAGCACCAAAUGCUUUAGAUUGCACAUGUCUUCUUCUCUCUAUAGGACUCUGUACAAAAGGGUUAUCCAUCGUAUUUGGUUUUAUUUUUAUAUUCUUUUAAAUUUGUAUUCUCACUCACAUGAUCUUGAAUCAUAUUGCUGUAACGCUGGAUAUGAUAUUGAUGUCUGCUAACAAAUGUUUAAUUAGCGUUCCCUGUAGAGAUUUUGUCACAGAGUAUUAAAUAUUAUAAUCAUUGCAUUUCA